AAACUGAGCCUCGCGCGGGCACCCGCUGCGGAGUCGGCAACGUACGCAUCGCACCAUGCAGGCGACCCUCUUCACGGCGCUGCUGCUGGUCGUCUCGGCGGCUGUGACCAAUUCGCGCGGCUGGGUCGCAUCCUCACAGGCAGAGCAGAAGAAAGGCGGCGGAGAGGUUCUGCUGGACACAGGGCUGUCGGAGGAGGACGAGCUGGGCUGCUUCGGCCGCAAGUGCGUGGCAAACGACCAGUGCUGCCGUGGCUCUGUUUGCGUCGACGUUGACGGAUCCAAAGUUGGUACCUGCCUGCCUGUUUACGGGCAGCGCGAGGGCGAGAAGUGCCAGCAAGAAGCAGACUGUGAGCGAGGCCUGAGCUGUCUGCAGUCGAGACCAGGAGCCACACGGCGCGUCUGCCAGCAGCGCAACAGGGAGAUGCGCAAGAAACAAUUCAAUGACGAAUGCCAGUCUUCGGACGAGUGUGAUGCGUCCAGGGGUCUGUGCUGUCAGAUGCAGCGAAGACACCGCAUGGCACCAAGAAAGGUGUGCUACUACUUCACGGAUCCCAAGAGCUGCAUUGGCAGUGUAGCCGCAGCCCCCAUGAUGGACUUCUACUCGCCGAGCUACAGGCCUUACAAAUCCAUGAGUUUUUUUCACAACCCGUUAUUCAAGGCUCGUAUGGGCUAAACCAGACUGACGCCGAUGUCCCGUUCAUCGUCAAAACCCUAGAGUAGCAAAACGUUUUCUUGGCGUUGGUUCAUGAUUUCUGUACGAAAAUUAUAGCGCAAAACAACACAAGGACCGACAAAAAACACGGGACUUUGUUGGAUGUUAGCGCCAGUCCCGUGUUCUUUGUCGGUCCUUCUGUUGUUUUGCGCUACAAUUCCCCUAACGUAGCCGACCCUGCCCUUCACUCUGCGUAUGCUACUGCCGCAAAUCAUAUGGCUGCUACAAUCUUUUCGGCUUAAACGGCAAAUUAGACGAGGCUUUCAUUAACGAGAGAAAAUUGCAGGUAUCUGUAGCGUUCUGAGGCAGUCACAGUUUGAACGAAUGUGCAAACGCUGCUGAAGCAGUCGUAAACUUAUUUCUGUCUCUUCCGCAGAUUUAUUUGAGCCAGAUAGCUUCCGGCACAAUGAGUGGUUGUUUAAAAACUGUUUUGCCGUAAAAAAUUUUUUCACUUCUAUAAGUGAGAGUUUCACUGAAUAUAAGCAAUAACUACUGAGAACCGGCCAGGACGGUACAUCUAGAACUAUAUUUUUCCGCGCUGUGGCUUGUUUGUUGCACAUAACCUCUAACAAGAGGAUUGAAAGAUGAAGGGGCAAAUUAACCCAAGGCCCUCUAGUGUACCCAGCAUCCGAGGUUAUUCGAACGAGCAGUCUUCGCUCUGAUAAAUAUGUUUGGAAUGGAAGCACUUUCCCUAAAGGAGUGACAACAUUGCGCUAAGCCUCUGGGCUGCGUAUAUUAAAGUGCAGCAUAAUCCGCUGUCACGUUAGGUCAGGUGACCAGGUCAUGUAACAACGACACAACAUAUUGUUUAAUGUAACGUGUGUAACUUUAGAUGACUAAGGCCUAGUUUUUUUGCUUAAUGUUUUGCUUAAGUUUUUUUGCUUUUGUUCAUCGCAAAAGACAAACUAGGACUGCGACCGUCGCAGAGAAAAUAACGUUUGUGUCUUCUCCCAAUGGCCACCUGUUUUUUUUAGUGAUCACGACAUUACUCAAAUCAGCGCUCUCAUUUUGGCCAAUGGCAGGAGGAAAAAGCACUCAACUGCUGCCUUGUGUUGAGAAAUGAGGAACCGCGCCUAAUUUUCAGGCAACUACCACCGCAUCCACUGUACUUGUGAGAGGCCCCCCAUUGUUUCAACUGACUCUACAUUAAUCUAAAAUUUGGACAAUAUGCUUUUAAAUUAUGUGAGCUCACAAAUGAACAGGAAGGCAGCCGCUAAAGACGCUACGCUAAAUGCAAUAAUAAUACAAAACGCAGCGUUUUUUUUUUUCUUAAACUCCUUGUCCCCUCGCGUGCUCUAUAAAUAUACAUGUGCGCAUUGCAGUGAAUUAUGGUAUGUCUCGUGGUAUAUCUGGUAGCAGAACAACUGCGACAGCAAUCGCACACGCAUAUCUGAUGAAAACUUUAGAUAGCGACAAAGAUGCCCUACACGUUUACAAGACCGUACAGCGCGUCAGAUAAGGUCAGAACCCCUCAGGCUGCAAGUAAGGCUGUGCUAUUGCGAGCAGUAUCGCGGACUCGUGCAAAAUGGCGCAGUCUGUCAUGCACUAAGCAGCAACAGGUUGGAAGGUUAAAUGUUAUAACGCCAUGGUUAUUCCAAACCGGCGUCUUUGCACUGUUUGACCUAAGGAAUCCACAAUUGCACCUUCUCUUACUUUUUAGGUUGCGCUUUAUUGUUCGAGUGUUUUACAGAGACAAUCUUUAGCGUCAUUUUAUUUAUUGAGCCCAUUGUCUAGACCUUCGGCGACCAUUGUUAACCCAUCAAAUUUCCACAUCGUACAAGUUUUUCUUGCGGCGUACAAUCUCUUAGCGAUUCAUGUUGUCUGGAUCUUAGUGCGACCACAAGGCAUGUAUUUUUGGUCAUGCGGGCGCAUACGACAAUCAUUCAACUCGUGGCUUUAUGGCAUCACUGUGUCUACUUGCCCGAGGCCUCGUGAUGUGCACACUUUCGCUCACACGCCUUCAAACGGUUGUGUCGAUAUUUCAAUAAAAGAGCACCUUGAAAUAAAACCGAUUCGAAUUCA